AUGGCAGCUGUCUCCAGCCCAUUUCCCUCCCAAUCAAAUCCUUCCCCUUUUUUCCAUUAUAUAUCUCCACUUCCCUCCCACCGUUCACACUCACUCAAACCACCACCAUGUCACCGCCACUCAACCUCCUCCUCCCCCUCCUCCUCCUCUUCUCCGCCACAACUAAUGGAGAGGUUCAAACACUGAACCUCAACCACCCUUCAAAAUUCAACCCCAAGCUCCCACUCCCACCCCUCAGAACCCUCUCCUCCUCAAAACGGUUCGAAGGCUCCUCAGACCUCGUUAAGCUCAAGUACCACAUGGGUCCUGUCCUCUCUUCCCCGAUCAACAUCUACCUCAUCUGGUACGGCAACUGGGCCCAGCCCAAGAAGCUCGUUAUCAAGGACUUCCUCCGAUCAAUCUCCGCCGCCGGAGUCCCCUCCCCGUCGGUAGCAGACUGGUGGCGUACUGUCUCCCUCUACACCGACCAAACCGGCGCUAACAUCUCCCGCACAGUCACCAUCGCCGGCGAGUAUGCCGACCGGAAAUACUCCAACGGGAGACACCUCACGCGGUUGUCAGUCCAGGACGUGAUCGCCACGGCGGUGAGGUCCAAGCCGUUCCCGGUGGACCACCGGAAGGGGAUCUACCUUGUCCUCACCUCCGAGGACGUGACGAUGGACGAGUACUGCCGCGCCGUGUGCGGCUUCCACUACUUCACGUUCCCGUCGAAGGUUGGCUACACGCUUCCCUACGCGUGGGUGGGGAACUCAGGCAAGCAGUGUGCCGAGGUCUGCGCGUACCCCUUCGCCGUGCCGGAGUACAUGGCUGGUGGCGGUCCGGGGAAGCUGGCUCCGCCGAAUGGUGACGUUGGGGUGGAUGGGAUGGUGAGUGUGAUUGCGCAUGAGCUGGCGGAGCUGUCGUCGAACCCGCUGGUGAACGCGUGGUACGCUGGUGAGGAUCCGACGGCGCCGACGGAGAUCGGUGAUUUGUGUGAGGGGCUGUACGGUACCGGCGGCGGUGGCGGUUACAUCGGUGAGGUGAUGAAGGAUAAGGGAGGAAGGACGUUUAAUCUUAAUGGGCUUGGUAACAGGAGGUUCUUGGUCCAGUGGGUUUGGAGCCCAGUUUUGAAUGCUUGUGCUGGGCCCAAUGCUUCUGAUUUGAAUUGAUUUGAAUUCAGACACCAACACAUUCUUUUUUUCUUUUUUGUUAGUCUACUACUACUACUACUUCUACUUACUACUACUGCAAAUUAAUGGAUCAUGUUCAUAUGUAAUGUAAUGAUAUGCUUGCUUUUCCUUUUUUUUUUAUCUUUAUCUAAUUUUAUUCCCCUACUUUGAGGAAAUUCAUUAUAAAUAUCUCAAGCUUUUUGGCACUUUUUCAUUA